AUGUUUCCAUUACAGAUAUACUGCUGUCCUAGAAAGGAUUUUAAAGACUUGGCAGAUGGUAUACCUGGCACAAUUGAACGUGUGCCUGCAGGAACAAACUUGGAUGAAGUGAGUGCUUCUCAACUUCCUUAUGGUAAAGCCCUCUACACCUAUGAGGGGAAAGAAGCCGGUGACCUCAAGUUUAACAAAGGGGACAUCAUCAUUCUGCGACGAAAGGUGGAUGAAAAUUGGUAUCAUGGGGAGCUCAAUGGAAACCAUGGCUUCUUUCCAGCCAGCUACAUUCAGUGUAUCAAGCCCCUUCCACAAGCUCCACCUCAGGGCAAAGCACUUUAUGAUUUUGAAAUAAAGGAUAAAGAUCAAGACAAAGACUGUUUGACCUUUACCAAGGAUGAAAUUUUGACUGUCAUCAGGAGAGUAGAUGAUAACUGGGCGGAAGGAAUGCUAGGAGACAAAAUUGGCAUUUUCCCCAUCCUCUAUGUUGAGCUCAAUGAAUCGGCUAAGCAGCUUAUUGAGAUGGACAAGACGUGCUUAGCUGCAGCAUCUGGCUGUGAUGUCCCCUUGCCAUCUGACACCAGCACAGCUGUAAAUUUGACCCAGUGCUCUACUUUAAACAAUACCGGAGCAGUCAGUGCCAUCCAGCGGCAUAUUGACGGCAAGAAGAAUGCCAAGAAGCGCCACUCUUUCACAGCUCUCAGCAUGACACACAAGUCCUCCCAGGCCCUGAAUAACAGGCACUCCAUGGAAAUCAGCGCUCCUGUCUUGAUCAGCUCUAGUGAUCCUCGCGCUGCUGCCAGAAUCGGAGACUUGACUCAUCUUUCAUCCAGUGCUCCAGCCCAGGAUUCCUCUUCAAUUGGAACAGCUACAAUGGCUGGACCCAGAACAAGUGCAAUAAUUGGAGAUCAGGGAACACCGCCAAAGGUCCAGCUCCCCCUCAAUAUCUACUUAGCUCUGUAUGCAUACAAGCCUCAGAAGAAUGACGAGCUGGAGCUCCGUAAAGGCGAAAUGUAUCGGGUCAUAGAGAAGUGUCAGGAUGGCUGGUUCAAGGGGACAUCUCUGAGAACUGGGAUGUCUGGAGUCUUUCCAGGCAACUAUGUGACUCCAGUUUCCAGAGUACCUGUAGGAGCUAGCCAACCCAGGAACAGUAUAGCAGGAGGGUCUCAGGCAACAAAAGGAAGCCCAGGAGCUGUUCAUCCAGGAGGUGCAAGUCUUACAAACCCAGCCACUGCUGUCAGACCAGUUGUUCCAAUCACUGCACCUCAGACUCAUCCUCAGCUACAGACAGCCUCUCCUCAGACGAAUAACUGUUUGAGGUAUUCAGCUCAGCCAACGGCCGGCCAGCCUCGCAGUGCCAUGCAGAUGGCACAUCCGUCUGUUCAGGCUCAGGAGAGGCCCACAGCAACAGUUUCACCACUGAGAACGCAGAGCUCUCCAUCCCGUCUCCCGGGCACUGUGGUUCGGCCACACUCCAUGGUUUCUCCACAGCACAUCCACCAGUCCCCUGUCCAAGUCAUUCCUGGAGCACAGUGUGCCCGGCCCAUCAUUCCCCUCACUUCGGCAGCAGCUGCCAUUACUCCUCCAAACGUGAGUGCAGCCAACCUGAAUGGGGAGGCAGGAACCGGGCCGAUCAGCAGCCUGGUAACUUCUAGCCCAACCAACAGUUCCUGUAAAGCCGAAGAUAGGAAAAAUGAAAAGAAAGAGAAGAAGAGCGGAUUGUUGAAGCUUCUAGCAGGAGCAUCGACAAAAAAGAAAUCACGUUCCCCACCUUCGGUGUCUCCAACACAUGACCCGCAGGGAGUGGUCGAGGGGGCUCUGCAAGGGGCAGUGGGGCCUGAACUCUCCUCCCUCUCCAGCCAUGGCCGGGCAGGGUCAUGCCCAAUAGAAAGUGAAAUGCAAGGAGCCAUGGGGUUGGAGCCCCUGCACAGGAAAACAGGCUCUUUGGAUUUGAAUUUUUCUAUCCCUUCUCCUGCUAGACAGCCGCCAUCUUCCAUGGCAGCCAUCCGUCCAGAGCCCAAGCCAUUGCCCCGGGAAAGAUAUCGUGUUGUGGUACCUUACCCACCUCAAAGCGAAGCAGAAAUUGAACUGAAAGAAGGUGACAUUGUGUUUGUGCACAAGAAAAGAGAGGACGGCUGGUAUAAAGGGACAUUACAGCGAAAUGGCAGGACAGGCCUCUUCCCCGGAAGCUUUGUAGAGAGCUUCUGAGGACACGUUUUACUCAUUGCCACUCUCUGAACUGAAGACUUUUUCAGGGGAAAUUCCAUAGCACAAAAAGAGACAGCCAAGGGAGACCUGACUGAUAUCCACUGCCAUUUCUAUUUCCAAAGACUCCCCAGCCGUCCUGUCUACAGCUCUGGAGGCACAGUACUUUGCUGUGUUUUCAAAACCAUAUCUGGUGCAUACAGUGGUAUGUUGAAGUAGUGCCUUCCACCUGGAAUUACAGACUGAGAGGAUGCACAUUUGGACUGUAUCUAACCUGAACUCCACCUGUUCCCCUUUGUGUAAAUUAUAGAGAAAAUAUCUUUAAAAAAAGAGAAAAAAAUGAAAGUUGUUUUAUUGCUGUAACUUAUUUGUCAGAGCUGCAGUGUUCUUAUUACUGGCCUAUGCAAGAUGGAUUUGAAAGUUUAAAGAGGGGUGGUAGGAAGCUCAUGGAACUGGGAUUUUGUUUUUCCAGGAGAGAUAAGGGAAAGUACGGGAAACCCAGCUAAAGAAUUGGGCAGUAUCCUGCAAGGAAGAAUGAGGAGUCCAAAACAUUAGUGUCAUGCUGUUGAUAUACCUCAAAAAUGUGUUGCAUAAAAGCGUCAGUCAGGAAGUGUGUUAGUGACUAGUUUCAUAGUAUCUGAAGCACCAGUGACAUGUACUGGGAACACCCUUGAGGAAGUAUGGCUCCACCAUUCAAUUGUGGUUAUCUGAGCAGAAUCCCUUUUACCUAUCUUCUGCCUUUAUUAUAUGCAGCAUGGUUAUUUGUCCUUCAGUAUCACUUCCAAUUGCUUUUUUUUGUACGACAUACUUUUUACUGUAAGGAUUGUUAUCCUUUAUAUCUGUGUAUAUUCCUAAUAGAGCAGACAUUUUCUCUUUUUCAUAACAUCUGGUGCUACUUUUUUUAUUAGGAAAACUUUGGUUUGGCUCAACGGCGAGGCUGCAGCAGGUUUCACAUUUGACAUAGGAAUCUGAAAUGCAUCUAAAGCACGUUUCAGCAAGUUCAAAGUGUUUGCUAGCAUUACGUAAAGCAAGAGAGAAAAUCAGGUUCGGCAGCGAUGGGCAUAUACUUGACUGUGUGUAACAAGCUUCCUCUCACAGAUGUAGUUUCUAAAGCACAAUACUCUGUCUAGACAGUGAUAAGUAUUCAAGAAUUGGGAGCAUUUCCAGGAGGAGUAAUUUUAAUUGACUUUUAAGGCAAUAAAAAGAACACUGCAGAUUCCAGCAAGCACAAGAAUAGUGGAAUUUUCCUCUGUCGUUGCAUCACAGAGAUGAGAGCUGAGCUGAAAAGGCUGUAAUGAUCAUGAUCAAAGUGUGAUUUCUUACUGUAGAAAUAUACAGUUCUUGAUGCUGUUCAUUUUCUAAACCUGGUCAAGCUACAAUACAAAAUGAAUCGGGCAAUGUAAGCUUCCAUCCUACCAGGGACUUCAAAGUGCAAUAAGUAUAAAGCAAGUUUAUCCAGUUAUUCAUAUUAAUCAAAAAGAGAAAAAAA